AUAGAUUAAAAAACAAAUAAUGGAACUUAAUAAACCUUUGCACAAUGCAAAUGGAGAAGAAAGAAAAUGGUUACCAUCGAAAUUAUUCUGGAAACAGUUGUUCAUCUGCGUUGGUGUAUGGAACAUGUUGUUCAUGGCGGGAAUGUGUAUGGGAACACCGACUGUACUCAUCCCACAGCUGCGGAGAGAGGCCAACUCAACUGAUGCUGUUGACGGCGAAACAGCAUCUUGGUUAUAUUCUGUCUUCGGUACAUGCACUCUACCUUGGGUGGUCAUAACACUUUUUUUCACGCAGUACUUCGGACGCAGAUGGCCUGUCAUUAUCAGUGUCUCCACUAUAUUCUUAGUCUUUCUAUUCAUGUCACUGAGUACGAACGCCAAACAGAUACUUGUAGCAGAAAUAAUGGAAGGCUGUUUUUUCUCUUGUUGCUUAACAGUCUGUGUUAUUAUCUUAUCGGAGUAUACAAUACCAAAGUAUCGGGGAAUCUUUUUAUGUUUUAAAUCAAGUAGCUUCUUCUGGGGCCUUUGGAUUGCAAACAUCAUCGGGACAUUCUUCCAUUGGAAAAAUAUUCCAAUAUUUGGAAUGAUUGUCUGCUUAUACUCAUUUACUGCGUUCUUCUGGCCAGAAUCACCACACUGGUUGGCUAGUAGGGGACGUUUUGAAGAGUGCAAAACAUCUUACCGUUGGCUUCACGGCUGUGAUGAAGAAUCUGAACGUGACUUAGCAACUUUAAUAAAAAGACAAACAGAUUAUUUGAAUGUUCGCGCUCAGAAAAGAAAAUCUUUUUAUUUUUCGCAAUAUACCUCAAAAGAGUUUUAUAAACCUCUUUUCUUAAUAGUACUGGCUGUAACUCAAUAUCAUUUCUCUGGGAAAUUAGUUUGUAGUAUCUACGUGUUGGAAAUUACGAAAAAAAUAACAAAUAGCGAAGACACUGCGUACCUUAUAAUGUUAAUUUUGGAUGGUGUAACAAUUCUUGGCAUUUUUAUCGGCUGUUUACUUUCAAGAAUACUGAACAGACGUACAAUGUAUAUUAGCUUUUCAGCGAUAGGUGUAGUUUUCCUAUUUCUAAUUUCGCUUUAUUUAUAUCUAGUAAAAUUGUUGAUUGUAGUUGAGAAUAAUAUAUUCUCUAUAAUUUUACUAACUUGUUUUUCGAUUGCAAUCAGUUGCGGUCCCAUGAUCAUGACAACAUCUGUAUAUGGAGAGGUUAUACCUUUAAAACAUAAGACUUCUAUGUUUCUUAUAGCGAUAUUAUUAUUCGAAACUUAUAAUGCUGUAUUAUUAAAGAAUGCACCUAAACUCUUCAAAAAUUUAGGAUUUCACGGUACAUUUUUAAUGUACGGAAUCGUUACUGGCAUCUGUACUUAUCUUUUGUAUUUAUAUUUGCCAGAAACUAAGGAUAAAACGCUGCAGCAAAUUGAACAGCAAUUUGAAGACGAAUUGAGAGCAACGCCAUCUAUUGAUGAAACAGAGCGUUUUAUUGCAAAACAACAUAAAUAA